AUGGCAGUCAUCUAUGACGCUUUUAAGGCUGAGCUGGAGGGGGUAGUUGGUCACCUGAACAAGAGCAGUGAGUUUCUCACCAACAUCACAGAUCUCAUCCGCUCUCAGAGCCAGAAUUCAGUGUGUGUAGUGAAUGAUCUAUACCAAGCAGGUUGCUAUGGUUACUCUCGUCUGGAACGGCAGAAUCGUUGCAAAUUGGCAUCUCUCCACAGACUGCUCCACCUGUACGGAUGGUCCAGUCCGUCUCACACACACACCACUAUGCGUGUCAGUAAGGGGCUGGAUCAGCUCCUAACUCUGCCCCUGGGACUCUCCUUCUCUGAGGCCACAGCAGCCAGUCUGGUAAAAGUGGAUCUGUCGGGGUGUGUGUUGGACUGCGGCUCUUCAGGCGAGGCUGUGCUGGCUUCAGAACUCCAGCUACACACACACAUCUACUCCUGCCGGCCUGAAAUCCGCUGUGUCAUACACACACACACUCCAUCCAUUGCUGCUGUCUCAUCCAUGAAGUGUGGAAUCCUGCCCAUUUCCCAUGAUGCUCUGCUUCUAGGGGAGGUGUCAUAUUUCAGCUUUGUAGGAAGUGAUGUGAACGAGAGGGAGGAGCUUCAGCAGGCCCUCGGACCAACUACAAAGGUGCUGGUGCUGAGGGGUCAUGGUGUGUUUGCAUUGGGGGUGACACCUGAGGAGGCCUUUCAUAACAUCUACCGCUGCCAGCAAGCCUGCGAGACUCAGGUGAAUGCCUUGGCCUGUGCUGGUGGAGUAGACAAGCUGCUGCUACUGGACAGGAAGGAGUAUGGAUCAGACACACACACACCUCCAAACACACACACCCCCGUGGACUCCCUCUCCUCCUCCGGUGACGCGUCACCUGCCUGGAAGACGGGAGAGGCGGAAUUUGAAGCCCUCAUGAGGAUGCUUGACAGCCUGGGUUACCGGACAGGCUACACCUACCGGCACCCCGUUGUCAAGGAGAUGCCGCGGAGCCGGAGUGCCGUGGAGAUUCCCGCCACCGUGACCUCCAGGGGUCGGGACGUGGAGAUGACGUUUCCAUGGGGACCAGAAGAGGGGUUGGAUCAGCAGCAUCGAGAGAGAGCACUCUGGCUAGCGUCACCAAACAGCUACCUGAAGCUCACAGAACCACAGACCACCCGCACUACGUGGAGGAGGACUGAGGACGCCAGCAGCUGCAGAGGGACUCCAAUCCGCAUCAUCCACCCCAACCAGUUUGUGCCCCUCAACACCAACCCUUCGGAGGUCCUACAGAUCAGGAACAAGAUCCGAGAUCAGCACUGGGUGGAUGUUAUGACUGCAGGACCCAAAUCUCAGCUGCUGGCUGGAGUUCCUCCUGAUCAGACACCAGGACCGGCUUUCAUUUAUGAGGACGAAUCUGCUGAGCCCCUCCCACCAAACCCCUUCAGCCAAUCAGAUGCUGACCUGGAGGAAUACAAAAGCCUAGUAGAACAGAAUCAAAGUCAGCAAGAUGGCGAUGACGCAACAGAGGCUGAAGAGAUCAGCACAUUUGAUGGGUCAACACUCUCACUGUCUCUCUCUCCACUCAACAGCCCUGUCAAGGAGGAAGGAAUGCCACCUCUUGCCGACCUUGAAGAGGACCUUAGUGAGAGCAUCACAUACCUCAGCGUUUCUGUGGACCUGGAAGUCACCAUUGACAAGACAACACCACAGCCCCUUGAAAGUAAUGAGCAGACGACCACUCCAGCCACAGAGACAACUGCUGUCCCCGACAACCACUCCAAACAUUCCAAGAAGAAGAAGAAGAAGAAGAAGUUCUUUACCACCUCCUUCUUCAGGAGGACCAGGAAGAAAGAUGCCUCAGAAUCCUGA